GGAUAAAGGUAUAACUACUGAUAUUUUUCACGGUCUAUCUCCAUAUAUUUUCAUGAAGUCAUGUUGAAGCUAUUUGUGUUAUUUACUUCUAUUAUAGGCAUUAUUAAUGCCAGCAGUAAUCACUAUUGUGAUUUCUCUUCCUGUAAUCAUACUGUUUGCUUUAGACAAGCGGAGAGAUGUGGGGCAGGUUCCAGAUGUGGCCCUGAAUUCCGUGUUGUGAGUUUGAAUGAUUCAGAAAGACAACAGAUAUUGGAUUAUCAUAACCAACUCAGAAAUAGAGUCGCAGUAGGAAACCAAACCGGUCAACCGUCAGCGACGAACAUGAGGGCAUUGAGCUACAAUAAAGAACUGGAAUUCAUCGCACAAUGUUGGGUGAAUGAGUGCAGAGGAAAUCCACUAGUACAUGAUUCAUGCAGGAGAACCUCAAAUUAUUCUUGGGUAGGACAGAAUUUGGCCAUUGUGAGCGACUCGACUGCUAAUUUUGAUGAAAUGACAUUUAUAUUAGAUCUAAUACAAGCAUGGUUCGACGAAGUUAAUGUGUUCGAUCCUUCUUGGGCUUCUGAUGGUUCAUGGCAUCAUCAAACAGGUCACUACACCCAAAUGGUUUGGGCUGAUACGACAGAAGUAGGAUGCGCUAUCACGAGGUAUUCAUCCUAUGCAAAUGGUAUGCAAUGGCACAAUCUGCUACUGGGUUGCGAUUACGGACGGGGUGGAAAUAUCGUUGGGCAGCCCGUAUACCUUGUUGGUCCACCAGCAUCGAAUUGUGGAAGCCUAGGGAGAAAUUCUAGAUAUCCAGGAUUAUGUGGAAUUGAUAGGAGUCUCAGAAACACACCCAAUUAUCAAAAUGAACUAUUCGGAGUAAAUUUAUAAAUCAAGUAUAAAUAUUUCUCUUUAAUUGAUUCCUGGAUCAU